UGAUCAUUCCAGUUGUGUGGUUUACCUCGCCCUUCUCCCAACACUUGUGCGGGCAAAGCAAAGGGGAACAGCAGCAGGGGCAAAGCAGUGGGAGCUUGCAGUGUUUAUUGUGCUGGAGGCAGAGGCACUUGCUGCAGGAACAAGCUGCGGCCUCGGUCUAACCCUGUUGCGUAUGUCACUGUAGCAAAGUUUGUUCAGCAGCAGAGCCUGUAACCCGAAUGUAUGGUGAGAGCCGGUUAGGGGGAGUGGGUGGGUGGAAUAUGCAAAGCAACAAGAGAAUUUGAGUCAUUGCCAUACGUGGUGGCUGCAGUACACCAGCUGUUUGAGCUCUAGUAGGAAAUGUGACAAAAAUGUACAAGAGGAAUUUCAAGGGGAGGAAAGAACAACAGUUUGGCUUUCCAGUGAUAAUAGGUUGAUCCACAGUGUCAUUUAUAGCACUUUGGCUCUGUGCAAAGAGAUACUGUGGGCAGGGUACAUACAGUGUAAAAAAGUUAAACAGUUAUUGGCUAGCAUGCACAAAAGGAACAGUGAGGCCUUAAUGGGCUGCUGGGCUAAGCAUUCAUCUGCUCCCUCCCCCAGCUAACACACCAGGCAGCCAUGCAGACAUCCCUUAGGAGGGGAAGGGUCAGCCUCUGCUGCUCAGAGUUGCUGAGUUGCUAUAUUCUGGCUCCCUAUUUUUUUUUUUGAACUUACACCUUUUCAUGUUUGCAUUUUAACUCCUGAGUACUUGUGCUGCUGAUGGUCUGUAUCUCAAAAAUGCUACGUUCUUUGCAGCUCCACCUUUCUUAUCUUGGCAUGACUUUACUGUGCAGCUUCUUAGAACAUAGCAGCUACCUCAGAAGUCAGAGCUGAGGUCAUGCAGCUGCACUGUGUUCAGCAUGGGCCUUGGAUCCACACCACCAGCUGAAGCCAUGGGAAAAGGGCAGGGAGGGUUACAGGAAGAGUGUUUUUCUUCAGAAGGAAGGCAUUUGAAAAAGUCUGCAGGUGACAUGAGCUUUUAGGUGGGAGUGUAAAGGCAGUGCAGAGUAUUUAAUGAUAAACUAUGUGGGAUGGAUUCUAAAGUGCUUGAAAAGUGAAAACCCAAAGUAAUUUUCUGACCUGAGAGAGCUGGUCAUGGUAGCCAGGAAUACAGAGAAAAAGUGUGGUGAAAUGAAAAAAAUUACCUUGUAUGAAAAUGGUGUGAACAGAUGCUGGUGGAAACAUGCAGUGCUUGUCUGGAUGGACUUGACAGGAGAAAACAUAGCUAGUUGGUGGUGUGAAGUUGAUGGACUGGGUGUUAUUUUAACUGGACAUAUAGAAAUUAAAUGCAGUUAUGCAUGAAGUGUUAAAAUCGUAGCUCAAAUGUGACUCAUAUCAUUGCUUAAGCAGGUGCAAUGGGAGAGGUAGCAUGUGGCUGUAUUCACAUUAGGAAGCUAAUUUUCUAAUUUUUUGAGAGGUAAAAAAUGGGUCAGAAAUGGUAUAACUAGAUUGUACUAUGUAGAAGCACAUACACUGCUCUGAGUGGGAUGGAAGGAAUUUCUAGUAAAAUAUGUAUAUAUAUACACUGUGGCUGUGCUGGGGGUUGUUGCUUUGUACUGCAGAAAAAAUAGGAUCUCUAUGGGUUUUUUGUCAUCAGCACGCCUUCAGAAUAUGUUUCUCAUUGUGUACUGCCUGAAGGCACCUGGAAAUUCUGCAGCAUGGCUCCAAAGCUGGUAUGCUGUGUUACUGUUUCCCUUGUUGGUGGGUUGAGCACCUUGCAGUUGUAGAGGAAAGCGCAGUUUGAGCAGUUUUUAUUCCAAUGGCCAAUAUACAAGUGAAGUUAUAAAACAAGGGAUCAAAUAUAAAAGCAGUGUGGAUGUACUUGCACAGUCUGUAACUGCCAAUGCAAGAGUUUGUGGAGAAUAAGCUGCACAAAGGCUGAUGGCAGAAAUUUGGCCAUGAUGGUUUCUAAACCUUUGAAAAAAGCCCUAUGUGUUCUUGCUCUGUUUGUUUUCAAUAGUGGGCUGCUGAUGGGUGGUCCUGGGGGUUUUAACAGAGGAGUUGGAACUGGAUCCAUGCACUCCCUGUGCCUUGGGAUUCAUAAAUUCUUGUGCUGGGUGCAGGUUGUCUGUUGCUUCCAGCGAUGGGUGGGCUCUGGGACCUGUGUUGUAACUGCCUGUUGUUCAGGUCUGGUAUUCACUCUGCAUAUUCAUCACAUGGAUGAAGUGCAAGUUUUUCCUGGUACUUCACUGAGGUAUGAGUGCUUAAAUUGUAGCACAUUGCUUUAGAAGCUGUGAGUUAACUUUUAGACAGGGAUUUUUCCCCACCUCUUGCAUGAUGGAGGCAGUUUUUGAACAACUUUCCUUUAAUUCUGAGUGAUGUACCCUGCAGAGCACCUUGAAAGCAAAGCACAAUCACAGAGUCCCAGGUGCAUACACUCAGGGAGGGAGGAGGCAAUUGCUGCCUUUGAAAUGUUUGAACAGGUGAGUCCAAUCUCAGUAGCUCUGGCAAGUCAAGGGACCUUGGGUUCUAAAAGCAGAAGUAUCUAAGUUCUUAUUCAGAGUCCGUAUGAAAUUGAUUGCGGUUCAGGGCUUUGAUAUUAACAAACUAAUCACAUCAUUUGCACAGCCUUUUCCAGGUAGUGAAUAAAUGGUUUGCCAAGUAAGUCUUAUGUGAAAAUACAAUUUUGCAUCAUCUGUGUUCUUUUUGUCUAGCCAAGAAGUGUUGCAGUAUAUUUUAUAAGGGGUCCACACUGGAAAAAAUACACUUAUUCAUGUUUGGUUGUAUGUGGGGGUUGUGUAUGUGCAUUUAUAAUCUUGGGAACUUUCAGGUUUGUUAGCCAAAGCAAUUGAAUGCAAAGUGCUGUGCUUGAUGGGCUGCAUGCAAGAUUACACAAGUUACAAGUUUUGGAUCCUGAUGUCAUUAUGGUGUAGAUGUGCAUUAGUGUUACCCUCUUGACAGUAUUUUUGCUGUUAAAAGGCAGUCUAUGGAAUACUAAUAAGUCUGUGCAGGAACAGAGUGACAAUGUGAAGCGCUGUGUAGCAGUUCUCAGCGUGCACAAGUCUGAGUAAAUCUCAGACUCUAAAUACCAGGUUCAUUUUCCCUGUGGCUACUCUAACAAAAAGCUAACAGAGCUGUGUUCAUCGGAAUGUCAUAUGUUUGGUUGGAAUCUCUGUUACGAGUCCUGGAGUGAAACAGAAAGGAGCUGCAUGGUUGGAUGUGCUCAUCUCUUCCUGACUGGAUCAGCUGAUCCUGGGGUUGAUGAGAGAUAAAGCAAGAGUCUGCCUGAACUUGUGUCUUUUAUCUUGCUGCCUUUGAGCUGCCAAGACUCAUGCUCUGUCAAGUUUUCUUUUAGUUCCAGAUGAAGCAUCUUGGAUUUUCUGCUGCACAGCAAAGUGUUUGUUUUUCUAAAAAUCCCCAUGCGUGUGCUUCUCGUGGCCCUGAGGGGCAGUUCUCCUGUGCAGUCAGUGAAUACAGCAGGAUUCACUUAGCAGCAUGUGUUAAUGGGAAUGACCUAUUGACAGAAUAAAUUAUCCAUUUGAACCUAAAAUGUGGAAAAUGCACUGAUGUCUUUUAAAUGUGGUGUUUAAAGGAAAAUUGUUAAUUAUCAUCAGCAUUGUUGUUUUCAUAAGCUGUCAGGGCAUCACAAUAAUUUGACACCUCUGCAACUUAUUUAUAAAUGUUUUGUGCAUUUAAUUGUUGUUUUCUGCAGCUGAGAAGGUCUCCAUUAGCAAAAUGCAGUUUUCUGUUUGUCUUUAUGACAUCUAGAAAAUGUAAUUGCAUAAAGUGGAAAGAAAAAGCCAUUUGUAUGACCUGAUCAUCAUAGGUCAUGAAACAAACACAGCCUAAUAAAGCGUUGGCAUGAGAGGCAUGGUUUAUGUUUCUCUCCUUGCUCCUCCAUAUGCUCAUUUGUAGAAUAGCAAAUUAUAAACAAGAACAUUAUUUAAUCCUUGCCUCUAGCAGUUGUCUUUGUGUGUGCUCUGUGCAGCUUUGAUUGAGAGAAUGUGAAUCCUAAGACCUAUUUUGACAGAGAUUAGAAUUUUCACAUGAUCAUGUGAUCCCUCUGGUGCUCACCCUUUGUAUCUUGAUGUAUUUCGAUUUUUCUGUCUUUCUGGAAAUGUAGGAGAAGGGUUAAAAUGCAGCUCUGAAAAUCCAGGGACUAAGCAGAGCUUAUUGAUCCCCUCCCAUUCACGUACACAUUUGAUGUGAGAACGCUGACCCAGAAGCACUGAGAGUUAGUUUAUUAGUUUUGACAUUGGGAUUCGUUAGCUCUAAUUCAAUUAGAAGCACACUGAUGGAUGUGUUUGUAUGCUGGGCCUGGCAGCUGUUUUAGGUUCAGAAACUUACAGUUCUAGUAGGAAAAUUGUUUUGUGCAAUCUAAUCCAAGAUUUGUAUUCCUAGGCUAAAAGUGACAUCGCUCUUGAUUUGUUUCUUAAUAGAUUUCUCAGUGUUUCCAGUUAUAUUUCUAAUUAGAAUAAUGUCUUAUUUCCCUCGACAGUUUAAAAAUAAAGUCUUUAAAAGAGAAGCUAUCAAGAUGAUUGAAUAAUGUUUUAUUUUUUAAUUGUUAGUUGGAAACCUUCUUCUAUCUUAGUUUGAUACAUAGACCUACUAGGCUAUGGGAAUAAUUUUGGUUUUUACAGAAGGUUAUGGUGCAAUUGUUGCUAAGCUUUCUUCUGUCAGGGUGUCUUAGGGCUCUUUCCAUUCUCACCCCAGCCCAUAACCAGCCAGCUGGUUCCCUUUCUAGUGGGAAGACAACACCUCUCUCCUUAUGUAAAUGUUAGCUUUUCAGGUGUGAGAUCUGCUGCUCUCUGUCCUUUCCCAUCCUGGCAAAUCUCCUUACCUUUGCACCUGGGGCAGGGUCUUUUACAGCAGAAUUGUUUUUCCAGGCCUGAGAAUGUUUUUCUGCCCCUUAGAACCAAGAUUUGUGGCUAAAGGGAUGGAUGUUUGAAUAACUGUCUCUGGAAGCCUGAGAGUCCUAGUUGAGAACAGAGUUGUAAGUCAGCUAAAAAUUGUCUGCAGUGGAAAGAAUGUAAGGGAGAUAUGGAACUGGUAUUCAGUAGUUGGUAGAACUUGGUCUUUGAGGGAAAGACAGAUUAAUCCUGUGGCAGGGGGUCCAGCCAGUCUGGGAUUGAGGCUACAUCCAAAGCUGCUUCCAUGGCUGCCAGCUCAGAGAGCUCUGGGGCCCUGACUGGAGCACUGAACUUACCUCUCUGGCCAUGGUUUAUCAUGGCUGAGUGCAGCUACCACAGGAGCCUGCCCAUGCUUUCCUGGAGCAUGACUUCAGUCAAGCCUCUGUGUGUGGGAUGCUGUUGCCGUGUGUGUAAUUACCUUGGAAGUAUGGGAGAAAGUCUGGGAGCUCAGGGCCAUGAGGAGGGAUGGCAUUCCCUUUCUGCUGAGUACUUGUGACAUGCUGCAGUGAUGGAGGAGGUUAGAACGGUGCUAAAGCUGUGAUGCUUGCCAGGAAAAUCUGUGACUGCAGAUAAAUGAGUAUUUGCAAGGUCAGAGUAGUGCUGCACUUGGUAGCAUCACACAUGAGGUUGAGAAUAUGUGGCAAGCUGUGUGUUGUGACUCAGCCCCUGGAGUGGGUUGUUUCUCUCAGAAGGCUCAGGACCACAUUACUUUGUGUAAUGUCUAAUUCUGUAAUAAGGAUACUCCUUUUUUUAAUGGUAUAAUCAAUAAGACACCAAUUAAUGAUAGUAAAACUUUGUGGUUUUAAGAAAUCUUUUGCUGUCAAAUGGAUAAUUAAAUUAAUUUGGUCAAAAAAAAUCCCUGUAAAGCUUGUCCUCUGUCUUGCAUCCUCCUCCCAAAACUGAACCCUGAACAUGGGAUGCUUUUGGGGUUGGGCUUCCUGUCUGGCUUAAUUUGCAGAGCAGCUGGCCCAGAUGAGGUGCAGGCUUUCCUUGUGUUGGAUGCCACUUCAGAGUACAAAAAGCAGAAUUUGAAGUGCUUUGGUAGGCAGCAAAUUAAACAGAAAAGAGAAGACUUGCAAAUAGUUUCAGGAGCUUCAUAUCACCAGGUGCCUUUGAGGCUUGACCAGCAUAAAAAAAGACUGGGUACCUAUUUGUUAUCAAGUAUCACAAUUCCUCCAGUGAAAUUAAAAAAUACAUACUUUUCUAAAUGUAAACUGCAUCGGUCUGGAUAAUGAAUCAGUUUCUAAUGGAGAAGAAUUAAAAUUUAUCCAUAAGGAGCUUAUUCUGAUUCUGCCUAUGUGUGUGGACUUCUGCAUGUCUUUGAAAUGGGAUGUAGAGCUAGAUGGGUCCUUUGAUCUGAUUUCUUAUCUGGUAUAGUUAUAAAUGCUCCUACUUAGAGCUUGUGAGAGACUGUUAGUAUUUCAGUGCAGUGAAAAAAAUCUUUGAUGGUUGAGGCAGGCCAGAUAUGCCUUGAAGAAAAGUUCAAGUUUUCUGAGCUUUUUUGUCUGUUCUUCCCUUCAGGGUGUACAGCAUGGCCCAAACAGAGAAGAAAGGUGGGCUGCUCCGGAAAUCUUCAGCCUCCAAGAAGCCUUUGAAAGAGAAAGUGGUGUUGAUGUAUGAUGAAAUUUUCACGACAGAAGACCCCAGUAAAUGCAACCCUAGGUUUUGGGAGGAGCUAUUUCUCAUGAAGGUCAACCUGGAGUAUCUAGAAGGCAAGCUGGAGGCUCUGGAUGGGGAAGAAUUAAUGAAGAUAAAAGACAACAUCAACUGCUUGUUUCAGCACUGCAUCCAGGCCCUGGGCGAGGAGCACCCAAUCAGAGUGGUGAAUGCAUUACAGACUUUGUGUGCAUUGAUCCGGGGUGUCCAUCAGAAGAACAAAUCCACUUCUGGGUUUGACAUCAUCAACAUGCUUGUGGGUUUUGACAAGGCAGAGCUGUGUAUGAAGAAUCUGAUGGAGAGCUUGGACUCCCUCCUCUGUGCAGAAGGUUCUGAAAGCCUCAAAAGCUUGUGUCUGAAGCUACUUCUCUGCUUGGUGACAGUGACAGAUAACAUUAGCCAGAACACCAUCCUGGAGUAUGUGAUGAUUAACAGCAUAUUUGAAGCCAUUUUACAGAUCCUGUCCAGCCCUCUCAGUCGCAGGGAGCAUGGGUAUGAUGCUGUUGUCCUUCUGGCCUUGCUGGUCAACUACAGAAAGUAUGAGUCAGUGAAUCCCUACAUUGUGAAGCUGUCCAUUGUGGAUGAUGAGGCCACACUCAAUGGAAUGGGACUUGUAAUUGCCCAGGCUUUAUCAGAAUAUAACAGGCAAUACAAAGAUAAAGAAGAGGAGCAUCAGACUGGUUUCUUCUCAGCCCUAACUAACAUGGUGGGCAGCAUGUUCAUAGCAGAUGCUGAUGAGAAGAUCUCUGUCCAAACAAAUGAAGCAAUCCUUCUGGCCCUCUAUGAAGCUGUUCACUUAAACAGGAAUUUCAUCACAGUUCUGGCACAAAGCCAUCCUGAGAUGGGCCUGAUGACAUCACCAACGAGCCCAGUUCCAACCACACCUGUCACUCCACUUGGAACCACCCCACCUUCUUCAGAUGUUAUAAGCUCUGCAGAGCUGCCUUUGGAUGCUGAUGUGCAAACGAGCAACCUGCUGAUAACCUUCUUGAAGUACAGCUCGAUUGUGAUGCAGGACACAAAAGAUGAGCACCGGCUGCACAGUGGCAAGCUGUGCCUCAUCAUCCUCACGUGCAUAGCAGAGGAUCAAUAUGCUAAUGCUUUUCUUCAUGAUGACAACAUGAAUUUUCGUGUAAACCUACACAGAAUGCCGAUGAGGCAUCGGAAGAAAGCAGCAGACAAGAACCUGCCCUGCCGCCCGCUGGUGUGUGCGGUGCUCGAUUUGAUGGUGGAAUUCAUUGUAACACACAUGAUGAAAGAAUUUCCUAUGGAUCUCUAUGUACGAUGCAUUCAGAUUGUGCACAAGCUGCUGUGCUACCAGAAGAAAUGCAGAGUGAGGCUUCAUUACACUUGGAGGGAGCUCUGGUCAGCUUUGAUCAACUUGUUGAAGUUCCUCAUGUCUAAUGAGACUGUGUUGCUGGCCAAGCACAACAUCUUCACCCUUGCUCUUAUGGUUGUGAACCUGUUCAACAUGUUCAUCACUUAUGGAGACACAUUUCUGCCCACUCCCAGCAGCUAUGAUGAGCUCUAUUAUGAAAUCAUUCGCAUGCACCAGAAUUUUGACAACCUUUAUUCUAUGGUUCUAAGGCUGUCUACCAAUGCUGGUCAAUGGAAAGAGCCUGCAAGCAAGGUGACCCAUGCAUUAGUCAAUAUUAGAGCCAUCAUCAAUCACUUCAACCCGAAGAUAGAGUCUUAUGCUGCAGUGAAUCACAUAUCACAGCUCUCCGAGGACCAGGUUUUGGAGGUGGUCAGGUCCAACUACGACACGCUGACACUGAAGCUGCAGGACGGGCUGGACCAGUACGAGCGCUACUCAGAGCAGCAUAAGGAGGCUGCCUUCUUCAAAGAGCUGGUUCGCUCCAUCAGCAUCAACGUGAGGAAGAACCUUGCUUUCAACACGCUGAGCCAGGAGCUGCUGCUGAAGGAAUUCUCGACGAUCUCGUGAGGCGGGGACGCUGCGGCAGCGCGGGCAGAGCCGGGCGGCCCGGUGGGCAGGGACACUCCGCUCUGCGGCCGGGCCCCUGUGCCUGCGGAAGGGACUGAGUUUCUUUUAGGGGAACGCCUUGCUGCUGUGUGUCUGAUCCCAAAGGAAUGUGUUUAAACAGAACUUGGGCUGAGGAGAGCUGAUUGGCACGUUGAGGAGGAAGCAACUUUUUAUGGUGCCGCGGGAGUGGGCAGCCAAUUCUGUGACAUAGCAAUGGGACAUUCCCUCCACAGCCUCAGGGAAAAUGCACUGGAAACCUUUGUAGCAGAGCUGGGGAGAGCUCACAACUGAAAUAAUAAAACCAGCCCAGCUGUGUGAAACUGUUCUGGGUAGAGAUUGCUCACCUGCUCUAUGGGGAAAGCUCUUUGGUCCCAGGUGAGGGCUGUUCUUGUCCAUCAGCCUGGGUCAACGUGUCCUCCUGUCACGUAAGUCAAAUCCAUUGCAAUCCCAUUGGGAAUGGCUUUGGAUUAUAAAACAGUUUCCCCAAGGAGCAGGCCUUGCUCACUGCUGUCUCCUGAGUCAAAAAGUGUCACUUCAACCAAGCCAUUGGAAAAGGGGAAACUUUGCUUCCAAGGCUGUUGGCUUGCAGGGUCCAUUGUGAGCCAGGAUCCAAGAAUAUGGGUCAUCAAACAGAGCACUUUGCUACUGGAGACCAGCUCUGCUUGGGGUCACUGUUGCUUCCAGUAGCCCCAGCUCAUCUGCUGUUUCUAAGGUAGAGGGACAUUUUUAGAUAUUUGGUUUUCAUGGGGCAGAGGCUGACUCCUUCUCCCCACUCACCUUGUUGCCCAUCAGAGACCGCUUUGCGACAAUCCUCCUCUUCCUCACAGGAACAUCUGCCUUGCACAUGUUUGCAGGUGCCUGGUGACCUUCAUAAAUGAAGAAGUCUCCAGUUUUUCCUUUGUGUGUAGCACACAGUUAAAAUGCAUCUGGAGAAGUAGUGACUUCACUUUCCUGCCCUCCUGUCUUCACCAAGCGACGUUCAGCCGUGUCUGCUGAGGGCUUCCCAAGGAGCAGCUCUGGGAUGAUGCUCUGGGGCACAGGCACCUCUCUGCUCCCAGAGCCAGUGCUGCAGAGGUGCCCACAUCUGGCAGAGCCUGUUUAGAGUGCUGUGUCAGGCUUCCAGCUCAGGAAUACGCAGCAUGAACACCUGUUCCACACCUGUUCCCUGCUCAUGCAUUUUCAGCUCCCAGCACUGAUGUUAUGAUAUUAGGAUCUGGCCUGACUUGGUGGACUGAAGUAGAGAAGUUUUUUACAUCCCAGAUCCACAGUUUUUUUUCCUCCCCCUAGAAAACAGAUUUUUUUUUAAAAAGUGCCUAGUCCUGCUCUUAGCCUUGUAGGUUAGUGUGAGUAAUGUGGAUGUCAUGCUCAUUUACUACCAUUUUUAGGCAAGGCUUUUUUCAUGCUAUUGUGCGUUAAUUGUGUUAAUGUUUCAUCUUACCUGCUAUGAGCAUGGGAAACUGAGAGCUGUGUCCUUGGCCACCCACUGGGCACAACACUGAUGACAUCCCUGUGUUUUCCUUGGGAGCACUGGCUUCUCUCAGCAGAUGAUACUAUUCCUCAGCAGGGAAUUGUCUGGCUUUUAACAGCUAAGCCAGACGUUUAUUUGCUUUCUGCCAUGCAAGUGUAUGGGAAUGUGUAUGUGUCAGAGGGACAGUGCUUAGGGGAGAGCAAGCAGGCUCCAUAAAAUCACUGCUUGGGAACAAGCCAGGGCAUGUAGAGGAGGCAGCUUUUCCAGUGGAAAAUGAGGAACAGUUGUUUGCAGUACGUGGUGCUUGUCUGGGGGGAUAGAGGGGGAUCUCACUCUCUGAGGGGUGGGAUCUCACCUUCUCAAGGGGACUUGAGGUGCAGCCCCAGCAUUGUGACUGGUGGAGCAUUGAGUCAUCCAGCUGUCCUCAUGCCUCCUGUUCUCUGAGCCCAUUUAGGCCGAGCCUGGACACAUACAUGAGAGAGUUUGGGAUGAGUCUGCUUCUGACUUGGCAGCCUCUGGACUUUUCAGCUUCUCACUCUGGGCUCAGCUAUCCUGUCUCCCUGAGGGUGCUCCCUUGCUGGGAUGCUCAUAGAAGCCCAGGCAUGUGUAGGAUCAGUUCCUGAGCCCAGCCCUCACCCAAGUCUGAGCUGGGGAAGACUGUGAUACAUGUCCUCUUGUCACACUGUCACUGAACCAAGCACUGUAAAUGGAUGUACAUACAAACCUAGAGCUCAAUAAAUAGCAGAGCCCCGUCUGUCCAGA